AUGGACAUCAAGGGUAAGGUCGCCAUGGUUACAGGCGGGGCCGCCGGCAUUGGUCGCGCGUACUGCGAGGAGCUGCUGAAAAACGGAGCCAAAGUAUCAAUAUGUGACAUCAACGAAGACGUCGGUGUCAAGUUGGCUGACCUAUUGGGCGCCAAGUUUGGAAAUGUCAAAGUGAUAUUUUGUCCAUGCGACGUCACCGAUUAUCCACAGUUUCAAGAUGCGUUCAGAAAGACUAUAGCAGCUUUUGGUGGACUUGACAUAGUGGUUAACAAUGCAGGUGUAUUCAACGACCGAUUCUGGGAAUUCGAAGUGGAUGUGAACUUGAACGGAGUCAUACGUGGAACACUGCUGGCGAUGCAACUCAUGGGCAAGGACAAAGGAGGCCGUGGUGGUACAGUGGUCGUAACUUCAUCUACAAUGGGAUACAAACCAUGUCCUAGCAUGCCGAUCUACACAGCGACUAAACAUGCUCUAAUUGGUUUCAUUAGGUCAUUCGGGGAUCCUUAUCACACGAAUUUAACGGGGAUUCGAGUGAUCGCUUUAUGUCCAGGGAUGACACUGACCGAUGCUAUACCCGAAGACGUUAAAUUGGCGUUAUUGUCGCCCAAUUUUAUACAUCUCUGGGAUAAGGACGUUGCGUCACAAGCGCCCCAAGCUGCCCAAAGUGUGGGGCGUGCGCUAAUUCACGUACUACAGAAAGCUCAAAGUGGUUCGGUUUGGGUCGCCGAGAACAACAAAUCAGCCAAAGAAGUCAAGUUCCCUAACUUUUAA